CUUAAACUUAUUAACUUUCUACUGAAUUGUGGAUUCAUGCGCCGUUAGACUUUUAACGUUAGCCAGAGCUGGAUGACCGAAAAGUACAUUGCAAAUGGAGUCGUGAUACGGAUAAGUUAGCUAUGGACGUCAAUUUACUGGCGGUAAACUGUCAGCACAGAGAUAAUGGGAAGAAAGAAGAAAAAGCAAAUGAAGCCUUGGUGCUGGUACUGUAACAGAGAUUUCGAUGAUGAAAAGAUUCUCAUUCAGCAUCAGAAGGCCAAACAUUUCAAGUGCCACAUCUGUCAUAAAAAACUCUACACUGGCCCUGGGCUUGCGAUCCACUGUAUGCAGGUACAUAAAGAGACAAUUGAUGGAGUUCCAAAUGCAAUACCUGGAAGGACAGAUAUUGAGCUGGAAAUAUAUGGUAUGGAGGGUAUUCCCGAAAAAGACAUGGAAGAGAGAAGAAGAGUGCUGGAACAAAAGAACCAAGAGACUCAAAAGAAGAAGCAGAACCAGGACGAUUCUGAUGAGUACGAUGAUGAAGACGAGCCUGGUCCCUCCUUCCAGCAGCCUGCUGCUGGCCAACCCCAGGCAGGCUACAUCCCCUCUAUGUCCCAGCCUGGCAUGCCACCUGGAUCCGGUGCUCCAGGGAUACCACCGGGCAGCUACUCAGGAAUUCCCCCAAUGCUGCCUGGUGUGCCACCAAUGAUGCCAGGAAUGCCACCUGUUCUGCCAGGAAUGCCUCCAGGGAUGAUACCGAUGGGUGGGAUGUUGCCUCCAGGUCCAGGGAUGCCUCCAAUGAUGCCAGGUGUGCCACCAGGCAUGCCUCCUCCAGUUGCCCACCGUCCAGGCAUGACACACAUGGCUCAGGUCCCCCCUGCUGCAAACAUGCUGACAAGACCUGCCGUUCCUGCUGCCACUGUCCCUUCAGCUCAACCUGAUGUCACAAAACCUCUUUUCCCAAUCGCUGGACAGAUGGGUAACCGUGUUGCAAGUACAAGCGCAGGCUCAUCAAGUGCAGACUCUCAGUCUGCCUCCCCUAAAGCUUUGUUUCCUACUGCAUCACAAAGUCAGCAGACAGUGUCAGGGUCCCCCCACCCUCCCUCCUCUACUUCCUCUGAUCCCUCAAAGCCCACAUUCCCAGCCUACACUCAGGCCACCGUAGCUGUGGUCAGCCCUAACUCUGGCAGUAGUACAGUCUCCAAACCUCCCUCUACUGUGACCAGUAAGCCUGCCACCCUCACCACCUCCAGUGCAACCAGUAAGUUGAUCCACCCUGAUGAGGAUAUCUCACUGGAGGAGUUGCGGGCACAGUUGCCCAGGUACCAGCGCAAUGUUCCCCGCCAAGCCCAGAGCACCGCUGCAGCACUGUCAAUGGGUCCCGUGGGUGGCAUGAUCUCUCCGCAGCAGCCUGGCAUGAGGCAUCCCCUACCUGGCCAGUAUGGUGGUCCACCCCAGGGGAUGCCAGGCUACAUGCCAGGAGGGAUGCCUCCGUACGGACAGGCCCCUCCUGUGGUUCCCCCAGGGUUCCAGGGAGCCCCUCCGAGGCCACCCAUGGGUAUGAGGCCCCCUGUCAUGUCUCCUGGAGGCCGCUACUGAAGCCUGCCUUCCCCUCUUCAAUAGGUUUGGACACUCAACCCUUUUCUAAUGUCCUCAGCUGCUAGUAGACAAACCAGUAUUGGUAUUCUAGUACGACGACGUACUGUUUAUUCUACCACUGAGCUAUGAGGAAGAGACACUGAAUAAACGGCAAAAAAAGUGCUAUAAACGCAUCACAGAACGCAUGGGAAAUAUUUACACUGUAUCUAACCAAGACUAUGAACUGUUGUUUCAAACCAUCUCUGUUCUGUGGUUUUUUCCUUCUCAUGUUUCAUUUAGGUGUAUAGAAGUGUAGUAGAUAUGGUUCGUAGUGUUGUGAAGGCGCUGGAGUUACAUGGGCAGUACCCACCCUUUAUCAAGGCAAGUUUUAUGUAAAUACAUUUCUGUUCUAAGCUUAACAGUGAGGCCUUCACAGCACAUAGUGCUGUUGGACUUCGUGUCCCCAACAUUGUUUGGUGAGGGCUUCAGUUAACUGUUUAUUCAUUCAUGCUCAUGUUUUGUGUUCAUAGUUUUGAUGGGUAAAUACGCCAUCUACCUUAAAUUGGUGAAGCACUAAAUGAAAUGGUAUAUGUAUUGUUGUAAAACUGUAUUGCAAUAAACUGUGGUAAAAAUGUAAGACUCUUCUUUGCGGGACGUUGGUGGGAAAAGAGACGUCACAGCAGGUUUGUAAAACUACAUGAUGAUUGUGCUUGUGCUUCUAUUGUCUUGAAGAUGAACAUCAGCAGAAAUGUGCAUCUGUGCUUUUAAUUUUUUGUUCAGUUUAAAUUGAAAAUGUUGGUAAAUGUCUUAUGUUUUGCUAGAAGGCGAUUUUUUUCUAAUACUGAUGCUCUGUACAUGGCACUGGCAGGCCUGUCGUUACGCACUGAGUGCAUUGUACAGCUGCAUAACUUCCGGGUGGCUGGUGGCUGUAGUGCUAAAACUCAGAUUUCUCUUCUCCCUGUAGCGAUGCCAUGGGGGACUGGCUGAGGCCCUGUCUCAGUGUAGCCCUGUUUCAGCCUGAGGCAAGUCUCACCAUUUUCUGUCUUCUCAUUCAUUACCAGGGGCCCUCACAGCUUACACGCUGUUGGAUCUCGAUGUCCCCAAACUUGCAGCAAGUUUGGUGAAGGCCCUUGUUUGUGUUGUUGCGUUUAGGCACCAUUUUGUAAAUUCAGUAAAUUAUAUUCUUUCUUGUUAAGCUCCUAUGUGCCAUUGAACCUCGAUUAUUAAUUGAGAGCAUCAGGAAGCUCUGUUUUCAUUGAAUAACUCAUUUUACUAAAAGUCUAGAGCUAUUGAAUGGAACAAUAUUCCUUUACAAGCUUUUGUUAAGUAUUCCUACACUCCACAGCUGUCUGAAAUAUAUUAAUGGCCUGUGGUUAAGAGCCACACAUGGACACCAUUAGAUUUGUCACCUACAGCCAUAUAUAUAAAUACAUUCAAUGUUUGUUGAGAGGUUUGUGAUGAAGAAAUGACUUUCCAUAUGCUUGUAAAUGGCUUUACCACUUAAUCCUGUUUGUUUUAUCAGCUUUCCUCACUUGAUCAUUUGAAUUUAACUACUUACAUGAUGGAGAGUCUCUACCAGUCACAGGUUAGUUAAAGCUGUAAGUACCACUGCUGUAAUUCUAAUUCCUGUCGACCUGUCUUUUGUGUGCACCAGAGAUGUGAACUCUGUCAACUCAAGUCACUAUUUUGAUGACUUGGAACUUGACUUGACAGAAAAUAGAUCUGACUUGGACUUGGAAGCUGAAGACUUGUGACCUGACUUGACUUGAGACAUGAUGACUCGAGUGACUUGUCUUUGUACAUUUUGUUUUCAGUUAAAUUUUUUUGUAGUCUGGCUGUCAGUAUUUCACUUUCUAAAAGUGAUGAGGAUUGAGUAUUUUGUGAUUGAGAAGUAGUACUUAAUUGUAUUUUUUUAGAUAACUCCAAAAAACAAAGAAAAAGGUCAAUUCAUUGUUAUACUUUUUGAACAGGUUAUAUAAUUGGCCAAUAAUAGAAUUUAUUUGACAGGUACUAACACCUUGUUCUCUUUAUAAAGACUGGAUACUGCAGGUAAAAAACAUUUCUUGUGGAGGGACUUGACAAAACUUUACCUGUGAUUUGACUGGAAUUGACUUCCCAAGAAAAAUUACUUGAGACUUAUUUAGACUAACUGACUUUAUUCACCUGUCUGGUGUGCACACAUAAUGAGUUCUUGAAGAUUGUCAUCUAGAGAUCCUUUUUAAAAAGACAAAAAAUAGCCCACAACACUUCUUAAACAUCUCACGCUAAUGACAGCCAAUGAUUCAGUAUGGCCUCAUGGAAUAACUGUCAAACAAAUUACAGUGAGUACUUGAGUCUGCAACAAAUUUCUUUCCUCUAGUUCUGCUUAUCGUGAUCAGUAUUUCAACUAGUUUUUGGUGGUUUAAAGUAUUGGCUUAAUGCUUUACACAAGUAAUACAGACAGAGUCUUUGCUGGUAAGUAUGGGCUUGUUUAUCAUUUAUCCACUUAAUAUUAAGCGGUUGUUUACUUUAACUCUGUGUAAGAGAUUAUCGGACAAUGAUGAUAUGGUGCAAGAUAUUAUCACACAUUAUAGUUUUAUAGGAAAAAAAAAAGAUUUCACACAUUUCCUCAGGUCGUUGCCAAUGUAUGAAUGUCUACUGUUUUUCCUUAAAUAACCCAGUAUUUUUAUUUUUUUAUUUUUAUUUUUUUUUAAUGUCACCACUCAACAUUGUCUAAAUGGCUAAAAUCCGCCAGUGAGAUUAGACAUUUAAGUUAAGAAAUGUCAUGUAUUUCCUUCCAUUUAUUAAAGGAGCAAAUUACUGGAAGGUUGUCUUCACAAAUUCAGUAUUUACCUUAUGGUCAUAUUGGAAGUAAUUCAACUCAAGGAAAUUGCUUCUGAAAACCCGUGGUGUCUGAAAUAAAAUUUUUAUUAAAAGACUGAAGUGUCAUGUUUUUUUUUUUUUUGAAGAACAACUUCAUUCAACACUAUUCUCAUCUACAGGGAUCCGAAACAUUUUUGUUACAAGGAUGGUUUUGACAGACUGGAUGCAUUAUUGCAUUUGAAACAUGACAUAUAGGCAUGUUGUUAUUUAAAGGCCGUAUAAUGGUCAAUGCAAAAUAAGUAUUUUAAAACCAUCAUGAAAUUGUCUACUUUUUUUAUACACAAACAUAAGGCAUACUUUAUACAUACUGGUACAAUUCAAUUUAACUUCUCAGAACUUUUCAACAUCACAAGUGUUACAUUUUAAUUAAAAAAGAAAAUACAGAAUGCUUUUGAGAUUCAAAGUUUCAAGCAACAACAACAAAUGCAUAACCUCUAAAUACCUUUACCUUCAAAUCUCAAACCUGUAAAAGUCUUUGACAUUUGAAAACAUGAAAUUGUCUGCUUUCUAUCAAACAAACAUGAGGCAGACUCUGUCUACUGGUACAAUUCAUCUACACUUCUCAGUUCAUUGAAAAAAUAAGUUUUAAGUAUUAAUACAGAAAGAAAAUACAAAAAAA